CGCCCCGCCCCCCGGCGACUUCCUGGUUCGCGGGCGCUGCCGGAGCGGCUGCGGCGGCCGCGCUCGCCGGAACCCAGAGGCGCGGCCCGGCGGCGGAGGGCGGAGGGCGCCGCGGUCGCAGAGGCCGCGAGGGGCGGGGACGCGCCGGGCGCCGCCGACACGGAGCCGCCGCGCGCGUAGCCGCCUUCCCGCCGGGCGGGCGGCGGGCGGCGCGGGACGGACCGGCCCGACAUGAAGCCAUGGACCGCAGGACCAGGGAAAAUCCAGAGAGAACCUUUGACUUGGUAUUGAAAGUGAAAUGUCAUGCCUCAGAAAAUGAAGGCACACCUUGGAGAUGCUGUGAGUCUGAUUCCAGACUACCACAGAAUCCGAUGGUUUUGUGGAAAUUUCCAGAGGACUUUGGAGAUCAGAAAUUCUAUGAGAAAUUCUAUGAGCAGCAUUCAGAGGGGACAGCUAGUGUUCAGUGUGACUGGCUUCACUUUCUGCAGCACAAGGAGGUACUACAGACUGUGCCCAAGUUCUGCUUCCCCUUCGACGUUGACAGAGUGUCUCAGAAUCAAGUUGGACAGCACUUUACCUUCGUCCUGACAGACAUUGAAAGUAAACAGAGAUUUGGAUUCUGCAGACUCACACCAGGAGGCAGAAUCUGCCUGUGCAUCCUUAGUUACCUGCCUUGGUUUGAAGUAUAUUACAAGCUUCUAAAUACUCUGGCAGAUUACUUGGCUAAGGAACUGGAAAAUGAUUUGAAUGAAACUCUCAAAUCCCUGUAUAACCACCCAAUACCAGAGGCAAACACUUCUGUCCCCUUGAGUGUGCAUUCCUACUUCAUUGCCCCUGAUGUAACUGGCCUCCCAACAAUACCUGAGAGUAGAAAUCUCACGGAGUACUUCGUCGCGGUGGACGUGAACAACAUGCUGCAGCUGUACGCCAGCAUGCUGCACGAGCGGCGCGUCCUGGUCACCUCCAGCAAGCUGAGCGCCUUAACUGCCUGUCUCCACGGAUCAGCUGCGCUGCUCUAUCCAAUGUAUUGGCAGCAUAUAUACAUCCCGGUGCUCCCCCCACACCUGCUGGACUACUGCUGUGCCCCAAUGCCAUACCUGAUUGGAAUACACUCCAGCCUUCUAGAGAGAGUGAAAAAUAAAUCAUUGGAGGAUGUGGUUAUGUUAAAUGUUGACACAAACACUUUAGAGUCACCAUUUAAUGACUUGAACAACCUACCAAGUGAUGUGGUCUCGGCCCUGAAAAGCAAACUGAAGAAGCAGGCCACCGCUACUGGGGACGGAGUGGCUAGGGCCUUUCUUAGGGCGCAGGCCGCUUUGUUUGGGUCCUACAGAGAUGCCCUGAGAUACAAACCUGGCGAGCCUGUCACCUUCUGUGAGGAGAGUUUUGUAAAGCACCGCUCCAGUCUGAUGAGACAGUUCUUGGAGACUGCAGUCAACCUCCAGCUUUUUAAGCAGUUUAUUGAUGGUCGACUGGCAAAACUAAAUGCAGGAAGGGGCUUCUCUGAUGUGUUUGAGGAGGAGAUCACUUCAGGGGGCUAUUGUGGAGGGAGCCCAAGGUCCUAUCAGCAGUGGGUGCAUACAGUCAAGAGAGGGGGCGCGCUGCUCAACACGGCGGUGACGAGAGCCACACCUGCUGUGCGGACAGCAUAUAAAUUUGCAAAAAAUCACGCAAAGCAGGGAAUAAAGGAGGUGAAGAGCAAGCUGAAGCCCAAGGAAAAUGAGGAAGAUUAUGGGACCUGUUCUGGCUCUGUACAGUACACACCCCUUUACACAUUACACGGUGACAAGGAAGGAAACCUAGAAAAGCAUAAGCUUGCCCAGGCACGCUUGAAAGGACCGCUGAAGAGCGUUGACCGUGCUCUGUGUGGUGAGGGUUGUGAGGACCCGGAGAGAGCAAGCAGAUUAUCUUCUGAAGAUGGCGAAGACGCUUCUACGUAUUUUUAUGAGAGUGAUGAUUCUGCUGAGAUGCGAGUGAAAACUUGCUCGGGAGAGAUGGACUUGCUGGGAGAGAUCCUGGACACCCUGAGCACACACAGCUCGGACCAGGGGCAGCUCACGGCGGCCAAGAGCUUGGAUUUCUUUAGAUCCAUGGAUGAUAUUGAUUAUAGACCUAUGAAUAAAUCCAAUGCUCCCAGUGAGAAUAAUCUGGCCCUGCCCUGCAGCAGUUCUGGGGACCCAGCAGAGCGGCUCCCCGGGCAGAACCGUGCCGCGCCCUGCGAGCGCCUCUCAGCGUCCCCCAGGGGGCACACCUCCCCUGGCGGGCUCACAGAGUCCCUGCUCAUCCUGAAAGAGGAGAACAGCGGAAAACACCUCCGUGUGGGCAGUGCAAGCAGGCCUCCUGGGGUGGGAAAGCCAGCCUGUCCUCCUGGGGUGGGUACCCAGCCGGCCUCACUGGAAGUUUCCUGGACUGAACGAGGAGAAGCAGAGCAGAAGGGAGCCCUGGGACAGACUUCAGGAGACCCGCCUGCACCCAGCCGCGGGCGACUCCCGCCUGCUUUUGUGCCUUGGGAGAGAGAAGGAGAAGAAGCCGCAGAGAUGACAGAAGAUGGUGGCCUGCUUCACGAGGUAGCAUCAUUGUGCCACUUAACAUCUGCCUUCCAGCAGGGCCUGAACGUGUCAGAGGGACCCACAAGUGGGCACAAAGCUUAAAUCAACAAUUGGGAGUCAGUCACUUGCAUCCACGCUUCUGUGGAAACAUUGUAGGAUUCCACAUAAUCUGUACAGUAAACAAUUAUUUGUAGGAAUGACAACUCUUACUACUGUCUAAAAAUUAUUUUUCAUUUGGGAGAUACAUUACCUCUGCUUGUUUGUCUCGUGGGUGUGUAUCAUCCACUGGCAUUAAAUGUAAAGCUGACUCGCCUCCUGUGCUCCUAAGCCAGGCACUAGUUUGUUUAUGUGUUGAGGUAUAUAUCGAACAUGUGAUUUCCCAGUAUUGGUGCUUAAUGCCAUUCAUUUUAUUCAAACUACGUACGCACGUCUAACCCUCGCACAUUGCCGAUGACUGCUCUGCUGACCUGGUUGAGCAUGAACUGAUCAAGAUACUAACACUUACCAGAACUAACCGGAAACUGCUGAAAUUGUUGACCCCCUAAUUGCCUUAAUCUUAAGCCUGUGUUAACCAUACUUAAAUAAUUUAUGGAUUUACAAGUAUAUUUUGAAAGAUAAGUGGGAAGGGCUCUGCAGAGCAAUAAUGCCUUUUUCUAUUCAUUGAAUCAAGGGCAAAAUUCAUUUUUUCAGAGUCAAAACUCUCUUACAGACACUGCAGCCAUGUUUUCCAAAAAGCAUUCGGGCACAACUGCCCUUUCAGCCAGUGGGAUGUGUGAGAUGCUGCAUCGCAGCGUGAAGUGAGUGACUGCUGUUACAAGUGACAUGGCCUCGGUCGCCUUCACUGGCUGGGAAUGCGCCCUCAGAACGUCAUCUGUCCUGAUAAAAAAGUUCCACUUUUGUUCCCAGCUAAUUUUUAUCAGAAUGCUUCAUCUCAUCUUAAUUUACCUUUUACAAUAAUUGACUUGAUGUUUUACAAGUUUUAAAUUCAUGGCAAAGUUGUGAAGACAGGACAGGAUUCCUGCAUGUGCACACAGUUUCCUGCUCUCGGUACCACAUGUCAGCCUGGCACGUUCUCCACAGGUCAGUGAGCCGGGACGUAUACGCCAGGUCUCCUCAGAGUUCCCUGGUUCUCCCCCCAGGGGCGUGUUCCGGCUCCAGGACCAGGAUGAUGCACUGCAUUUGGAUCUCAGGUCUUAGAUCCUCGGGGCAGCGCCGCUUUCUCAGACUCCCCUGGGUCUGGUGGCCUUGACAGUCGUGAGGAGUGCUGGUCGCAUGUGCUGCAAAGCAAACCUCCCCUGGAGUCUGUCUGGUACUUUCCUCGCAGUCACACUGGGACCAUGGGUUCGGGGGAGGAAGGUGGCAGAAGCAGAAUGCCAUGGUCACGACAUCGUACCGAGGGUCCGAGAUGGGUCCGAGGUGCCACCAUGCCUGUUGAGCAUCGGUGCUGAGUGUGGCCACCCUGCCGAGGCAGCGGUCAAGUUCCUCCAGCCGAAGUCCCUCUCCGCCUCCCUCUGCGCUGUCAUCUGGGAGGAGGCCCCGGUGUGCAGCCCCACCUGAGGAGUCAGGGUUCACGCUUCCUCUCGUUGAGGGCAGAGGACCUACAUACAUAAUUUGGGAUUCUCCCCGUAGAAGAUUCAUCUCUUCUCCCUCAAAUAUGGAUUCAUGACAGACUAGAUCAACAGGUAUAAUCAGGAAAAAAAACAGUGAUGUUGUGGUUAAUUUAUUAUUAGUAUGUUCAAUGUAUAUACUUUAUGCAUUUCUAACCAUGAUUAUGUUUUUAAAAUGACCAUUUUAGAAAAGGUGUUUAAGAAACUACUUAGGAACCCCAUCAGGACUAUACUCUAAAAUAUUCACUGAAAGAAUUUAAUUUUCAGCUUAAAAAACUUCUGAAAAGGGUUUUGUUAAAAACAUUGCCUAAAAAUAUUUAUUCAGUUCAGUCCUUAAAUAAUUUAAAGAAAAGACCAAGUUUUUCAUUUUUUGACUACAUUCCAAAAUCUGAAUGAUUAUGUCUUAUUUGAGAUGCUUAUAAACAAAAGCAAACCUUGUUUUCCUUAUCAUAAGGUUGGACUCUUUAUAUUAAGGAAAAAUGUGUUUAAUCAUUAUUAUUUUUAACACAAAAGUAAGACUCAAGGUUCCUGUCAAAUUUUGCCUUUAUAUACUAAUUACAAAAUUCCAUUCUACUUUAUUGAAGUAUCUAUAAUAAAAGGAAUCCAUUUAUCAGAAGAGCUGUUUUAAGUGAGACGGGAAAAAGGUCAGUGGUGUUAAUCUGCUUGGCAAAUAUUCCUUGACAGUUUUUGAAAGGAAUGUAAUUGGGAUGAGGUAUUUUUUCCAUCAGAAUUCAGUGUAAACAUUGAGACUAUCAUUUGUAUAGUGAAAGCAAAAUUUGGGUUUUCGUCUACUUAAUAAACAUGGUCUCAGAAGUGUCGGUCCUCUGACCACAUCACCUCACAUUUGACUACAGAGGACGGUGGUGUUUUGAGACUAGUUAGCAUCACAAGGGACAUUCACAUCAAGGUAUUUUAAACUGAAUUUGUGCCUUAUUUCAACAUAUAAAAUCAGCUGUUAUAUUCCACAUAAAAAACAAAAGCAAAAACAAAAAUUCUACAAGUUUUUUCUUAGAAAAAAAUCCAAAAGACUAGUAGCAAGAAUGAGCAUUUCAAACCAUUACAAUUUUGAGUAUUCAGUGUCUGCUCCUAGUCUUCCCCAUAUUAUGGUGGAAGUAGGGAGAAUGAAGUGAAAUUAGGUGAGUUCUGAAAUAAAAGUGUUAUUUCCUUUCCUACUAUGUUCAUAAUUUCUAUUAUAACUGAUCAAAUAUUCGUAAACUCCCUGCUGUUUGGAUUUUGUUUUUCAAAGAGGCAACACUUGUUCUUCCACAAAACCGAGGAAGCUGAUGCGCCCUGUGGCCCUGACACGGGGCCCCUGGUGGGGCCGCAGCCCCCGAGCCUCAGCGCUCCGUCCGUGGUGCAGGGGUGGGGGAGUAGUGUGCGGACUUGAGAACUCUUGCUAAGUCAAAGUAUGGGUUAAGUGAUAUAUUUUGAUGGUCACCUACUUUAGCAUAUUUUAGAAAGACACCAAAAUAUAGCAUGAUUAUUUUCUAAUUAAACUAAUAACUCAUCUAUUUAGGAAAUAUUUAUUUCCUCUUUGUACCAGGCAUAUGCAAGGUAUAGUAACUGAGGAUAUAGGGAAAUAAAAUAAUUGAUGUGGCCUGCUUUGAAGGAACCAAAUAAAAAGAAAAGGAAUUGCAAACUGCUGUUAAAAAUAGUAGUGGUAGUAGUAGUAGUAGUAACAUAUUUUGGUUAUUAACCCAAGAUUCUAACACCAAAAAAGAACUUAUUCUAAAGCUGCUUAAUCUAGAACAUGCUCCAAGUCCAGAACCAUAGUACCAUUUCUAAUUUCAUUGACUUUUUUUCUCUUAUCACACACAGUGUAAUAAUGCUGCUACCUAAGGUAUCUACUUUUAAAAAACAGACUCAGAAACUCUCCGACAGUACGUGUCCUUGCUUGUCUGAUGCCACCACUCCGUUCAGCCUUCCCCAGGCAGUGCGGGGCUCUCGGUCCUGGAGCGAUGCCGCUUUUUUGCUCAUUUGGGACUCACUGAGGGUGUGGGUGCGUGUUGCUGGGAAUCUGGCUUUUACUGCCUUUAUCCUGAAAGCAGCCUUCUCUGGAAACAGCCCCUUCUUCCUGCCUUGCUUGUGAAUCAAAACUUUACGUAUCAGUGUGGCUGGUGGGAUUCUGUGCUGGUCCCCUAACAGGAGGAUUCAAGAACGCUCGCCAAUUAGUUUGUUAAAUGACAUGAAGAAUUAGACUCCUGAUCCAGAGGAGAAAACUGUGAAUAUUCUCACAAUCAGUAUUUCUUCUUUCUCUCCUAGGAAGUGUGGAUUUUCAGGAAAAGAUUAUUUUCAUGAAUAAAUUUUUGGUGAGAAUUCCAUUUGGUUUAGCAUAAAAGACUCUGCUUCUGGGUAGAUACUUGUAACUCAGAAGAUAAAUCUAAGAGUAUAAAAAUGAAUACCCAAAUCUAAUUCCCAAAGCACUUCUUGGUAUAGAAAAUAGUUUUUACAAACUCUGUCAGUGCUGGCAUCUGUCCUGUUUCGAGCCCAGUGUUUAUUAGUGUCUGUUUCUUAGAGCUUAUUUAAGAGCCAGCAUUGUUUUGAGCAAACCAGUUAAUAUUUUAAUUUGGUCAAGAUAGGGAAUUAUGUGUCGUUAGAAAGAAGUGUAUUUUAUUUUCAAAAUAAUAGGAAUUUGUGCAAUAUUUUUUCCUUGCAUUAUUUAGUUUAUAUAAAUACACACAUCUGCUUUUCUAGCAGAUUCCUUAAGGUCAUGUUUUUCAGUUUUUGUGUAAAACUGUGUAGCAAUGUUCUGUGUGAUUUUAGAAAAAAAUAUUCUUUAUAUUGUUGGCAAGAGAAAUGUUUUUGUUUAUUUAAAAUGAUUAUGGAGAUCGCAUUAUUGUAUCAAAACUGCCUCAGCAACAAUAAAUAUGCAAUAAGAAAAUUCUGAA